CUUCGAUAUAAUCACCGCAUGUUGGGAAAUCCGGAGUAGCGAUUUCCGAUCAUACCCACACUCGGUGUUUCGAAAAGCCCGUUGCGCGAAAGUACUGCCUUGCAUAUCGACAUCACGACACCAUCUCUCUCUCCACCCACGUAGAGCAACCGCAAUGUCGACCUCGGAAGCCCCAAAACCAGCCGAUGCGGAGAUAGAUACACAGAAGCAGCUCGACUACUGGAACAGCGUCGAGGCGACUCCCAAUGGCAUGCUCGGAGGCUACGAACACAUCAGUCGCAUCGACAUUCAAGGCAGCAAGAACUUCUUUGCGAAGCUAAAGCUUGACCGAACGCCGCCGCUGCGGAUCGCGGACUGUGGCGCUGGCAUCGGCCGGGUCACCAAAAAUUUCCUCUCCAAAAUCAACAGCGAGGUGAUCGUGGAUAUCAUCGAGCCGGUAAAAAAGUUUACGGACGAGAUUGCGAAGCCUGAGAACUUCGUGGAGGAGAAGGCCGCGGGGAAGAUCGGGAAGAUAGUCAAUGUCGGACUGGAGACGUGGACUCCGGAGGAGAAGGCGUAUUGGAUCAUCUGGAAUCAAUGGUGCGUGGGACACUUGACGGAUGCCGCCCUAGUGGAAUACCUCAAGCGUUGCGCGGGGGGUAUCAAGGACGGCGGCAUGAUUGUUGUGAAGGAGAACAUCUCCAACUGCCCGGACGAUGUGUAUGACGAAAUCGAUAGCAGCGUUACCAGGACUGAUCACAAGUUCCGAGCACUGUUUAAAGAAGCAGGACUGAGGAUGGUCAAGACUGAGGUUCAGAGGGGUAUGCCAUCGAGUCUGUUCCAGGUUCGAAGUUAUGCUCUUCAGCCUAACUAGACACACCAAAGUUGCAAUUGUUCUACGAGCUCCGUGAAUGCCUGUCAUGAAUUGUAAUUCUACUGCUAUGCUUAUGGAUACACCAAUGGUCACUUCACGCAUCAAUAGAA